AUGUCUGUUCUUUUCACCAGUAUAUCAGAGAAUAAUCCUAUCAAGUCAGGGGAUGCUGAGGCACUCAUAGAGCCGCUAGGCCUUACGAUUGACCCUUCAGAAUCGAAUGACUUUCAAACGUUGCUGGCAGCGGUGCAUGACUGCGCAGAAGGGGUCGCUGCUCUUCCAGAUUAUCAACCGAUCCCCGAUCAGCUCAAGUUUCCGCGGGAGAAUAUCCGUCGACCAAGUAAAGAAGAGCAGGUAUUUGGCCAAGCCUGGGCCCAUCAAUUUUUAAUUCGAGGAAGAGAGGAAGGCGUGUUGGUUGGAAAGUCAGUUAGCCUCAAGGACGUUAUUGCAGUAGCUGGAGUACCUCAGCUAUCGGGUAGCGACAUCAUCCCAUCAUGGACGCCUGCAACAGAUGCGACGGUCGUGACACGACUACUUGAGGCCGGGGCUGAUAUCCACGGAACGUCGACAUGCGAGAACUUAUGUCAUUCUACUUCCUCAUAUACUAGUGCUCAGGGCACAGUUGAGAAUCCCCAUGCAACAGGAUACUCCGCUGGCGGGAGUACGUCAGGAGGCGCUGCUCUGGUAGCGGCGGAAUUAGUCGACAUUACCAUCGGAGGUGACCAGGGUGGAAGUAUAAGGGUUCCAGCUUCAUUUUGCGGUUGCGUUGGCUUGAAGCCAACAUUUGGACGUGUUCCCUUUACUGGAGUUUCUAGUGGCGACGCCAUUAAUGAUCAUGUAGGCCCAUUGGCUCGCACAACCAUGGAGGUGGCAACAUGUCUAGAUGCCAUUAGUGGAUACGAUGGUAUAGAUGACAGAUCGCUGGGCAGUUCGAAACCCGGCUCAACCAAUUUUGCAACCAGCAUCAAGAACACAGACAGACUUGAUGGUUUGCGGAUUGGAAUUCUCAAGGAAGGAUUCGAGCACGAUGCUGUGUCAUCGAAUGUUCGACACUCAGUGUUGACUGCCGCCAAGAAGCUCGAAGGUCUAGGCGCAACUAUAGAUGAAAUUUCUCUUCCAGACCAUUUGCAUGGGCCGGCAAUCUGGACGAUCCAGCAGCGAAUGGCCGGUGCACAGACACUAUUGGGUCAAAAUACCGGACGACGUGGUCUUUACAUGACGGAGAUGGAGCAGGCAAGAUUGCCUUGGUCUGAUGAAGGGUUUCAACGAGCCUUCCCAUCCACGAAGAACGUGAUAAUCAAUGGCCUGUAUCUUAUGUCUCGCUUCCCUGGUCUUUAUGGAAAAACCGCCAAUAUCGGGCGCCAGUUGAGUGACAAAUACCAGGCAUUAUUUGAAAAGUAUGAUGCGAUCGUCAUGCCCACCACUCCAGUCGUGGCUCCCAAGCAUGGAAAGCGUGGCCUGCCGGUGGAGUCACUUCAGCCAAGCAUGGGGUUGACAAUCAACACUGCAAUUUUCAAUGUAACGGGACACCCCGCAUUGUCAAUUCCGAUUGGAUUUGCACCUGCCAAGGAAGAUGAACAAAUCAUGUUACCUGUCGGUAUGCAGAUUGUUGGUGGGUUGUGGCAGGAGGAAAAGGUGUUACGAGUUGGACAUGUUUGGGAGACUCACUUUGAUUGGAAGAAGAUGCAGUUUACGACUGAUCGGAAUUAG